CUCAACACUGAACACAAGCCAACAACAUAAACACAGGAGCAGAGCAGCAGACAGGCGGACAUUAUAAGCGCUCAUAUCAUCACACAUGAUCGGUUAUAAACUCUUAUGAGGAUCGGGGAUGGACGCGACUGAUGCAGAUCGCCGUGCCCCCGCCAGUCAUCUCCUGCUGGACCAGUUGCCCAGUUAUCAGUCUCUCCUCUACCGGAGGAAGUCAAGCGCCAGUGGCAGUGCUAGGAGGAGGGGCAGUGGGCGUGGCAGACAGCCGUCUCUCAUCAGUGGGAAAUGGGCGGAGCAGAAGGUGGUUCACAGUGGGGAGGACCUCCGACCUGUGAGAGAGCUUCCCAAAAGCAUGGAGGAUAAACGGCAGGAGAAGGAGCAGCGUCUUCAGCAGGGUGGCGCUGUUACCGGCUGGGGUUUGUGGAGACUGAACGUCCAUCGAUCUCUAAAGCGUCUGAAGGAGGAUGGGAUGGAUGUCCUUUCCUCGCUCCAGCUCUGGAGAGCAGACAUUCACGUCAUCGAGGGGAUGUUUGGGACAGGAAUUCUGUCGUAUUUUUCAUUCCUGAGGUUUCUGGUCCUGCUGAACUUCAUCAUCUUCCUGCUGAUGUUUGUGUUUGUGAUGCUGCCAGUGAUAAUCACAUCACACACAUCACUUAACAUCACCUACAGCAGCACUGACGUGAGCGAGUGCAGUAAUUAUCCAGUGACCUCUCGUCAGGGUCUGGUGCUUUUUCAUCAGCACAUCACAGAUUUGUUGUCAGGAACAGGGUUUCUGGAGCAGACCUAUCUCUUCUAUGGUUACUAUAAUCUGGAGUUCAUUCAUUCGGGCUUUACCUACAACCUGCCACUAGCGUACCUGCUCACCACCAUCUCUUAUCUUCUGUUGAGUCUCAUCUGGAUAGUUAAGAGAUCUGCGGCUGGUUUUAAACGCAAACUCGUACAAGACGAGGACCGUUUCCAGAGUUUCUGCAAUAAGGUUUUUGCCGGCUGGGACUUCUGCAUCACGAAUGAGAACGCAGCGCGCCUUAAACAAAGCAGUUUACUUUACGAGCUGAAGACGGAUCUAGAAGAGGAACGCAUCAAGCGGAAGAUGGCGAACCGCACGCGUGGUGAGAGAUGUCGCAUCUACACGCUAAGAGCCGCAGUCAAUCUGUUCGUCGUGGCCGUUUUGAUCUCCUGCUUCUACUGCAUCUACAUCGCCACUGUAUUCUCACAGCGACAGCAGACAAAGGAUCACAGUAACUUCAUGUUGGAGCUGAUCGUGGAGUAUUUACCCUCCAUUGUCAUCACCUUGGCUAAUUUCAUAACCCCGCUGAUCUUCAGCCUCAUCAUCAGCUUUGAGGAUUACUCGCCUGCUUUUGAGAUUCGCUUCACAUUGAUGAGGUGUGUGUUCAUGCGACUAGCCAGCAUCGGUGUCCUGCUGUUCUCAUUGUGGACUCAAAUUACUUGGAAUUGUCCUGAUUGUCCCUGUGGCUACAACCAUAAAACUUACCCUUGCUGGGAGACUCACGUGGGACAGGAAAUGUACAAGCUGGUGAUUUUUGACUUCCUGAUCAUCGCUGCCGUCACCAUCUUUGUUGAAUUUCCACGAAAAAUCAUUGUGAACUAUUGUGACUGUGGCUUGGCCAAGUGGUGGGGUCAGCAGGAAUUCGCCAUCCCUCAGAAUGUUCUGGAGAUAGUUUACGGUCAAACCAUCUGCUGGAUCGGCACGUUUUACUGUCCUUUACUUCCUGCCAUCAACACGGUUAAAUACUUCAUGGUUUUUUACCUCAAGAAGGUGUCACUGAUGAACAACUGUCGUCCUGCCACGCGGCCAUUUCGAGCUUCUAGUUCCAACUUCUUCUUCCUGGUGGUGUUAUUAAUUGGUUUGGCUCUUGCGUGUGUUCCUGUAACCGUCAGUAUCGCACAGAUCCACCCGUCACGGGCGUGCGGUCCGUUUGUGAACUACACCUCAUCAUGGGAGGUUGUUCCUCGUGUCAUUUCUCAUCUGCCUUACGGCCUGCACUCCUUCCUGUUGGCGCUCGCAUCAGAGGCCUGCGCCGUUUCUCUCUUCGUCAUUACCUGUCUGGGGAUGUUCUAUGUGAUCGCAUUGGCUGGAGCUCAUAAGCGUGUGAUCGAGCAGCUCAGAGAUCAGUUGGCUAUGGAGGGUCGUGAUAAGCGUUUCCUCAUUCAGAAGUUGUGUCAGGCCCAGCAGGAAUUAUUCGUUCGAUCUCCGGAGCAGAAAUCACUACAGAACCGCCGUGACCGCACUGGGCUGUUUUUCCUGGAGCCGUCAACAGUGCUGGAGACGCAGGCGUGAGCGUCUCGAGUCACGGUCAUCCGUUCUGUCGUCACCCUCCUAACACUCUUACCGGUGUAAAUGACAUCAUCACACUUAAAGCUGCUCUGUAAUACACUUACACAAAACACUUUACCUGUUUACUACAUUUCCUCCUCAGUGUCUUAUUAUUGGGGUUUUGUGAGUUUGUGAAUUUUGUGUGGCAUUCUUGGUUUCGUUGAUUUUAUUCUCGUUUUGCCUGUUUGAAAACAAAAUUGUUGCAACGAGAUCAGACCUCGAACUGUGACUGAUUGACUGAUACUCUUGAACUUUCAAGUCUAACACUAUUUUGAUAAUAAAUAAAUGCAUUAAUAUGUGGUCUAAAGCAAGAAAUUCAUCUGAAUACCUGGCUUUAGUAUUUCUGACUGUGUGUUUUUAUUUUAAAAUCUUAUUAAAGCCCCCUAACCCUAAAAAA